AUGAACGCCGAAAAGUGGAAGAGGAGGACUCUUCCCACCCUCAAGACGCCCCCUGUACCGAUUCCAACCGAUGGUAAUAAGGAAUUCGAUAAUGUCGACGGAAAGAAGCCACGCGUUUUCUCGAAAGCUCUUCGUUCUCUUAGCAAUUCCUCGAUGGAAUCCAUGUCACAGAGCCCAUCUCGAAGCUCUUCCUCCAUUCGACGCCUACAGAAGACACAUUCAGGGUCAGGGUCUAUGAUUGACAGGAUACAUCGUCGAGUAUCGAUAGCUUCACCCAUGAGCGCAUCCGCCCCGGAAUUCCCAUCGGUUACUCCUGAAGUCCCCUAUUCCUCCAUGGAGCUUAUACAAUACGGACCACUGAAGACCGAUGUCUCGCUUCUCAAGGCCCGCGCCGAGUAUCUAGUUCUUACAGAUACCUGUCUGAUCAAGUUCGGGAGUAUGGAAGGAGCAAGAGCUGCUUUCCCACAGAUAAAAUCGGGCAGUGGAACACUGAAGCCCAGCAGUGCUCAUCACAAUUCUCACAGGUCGUCUUCAGACGUGCGGAUAGAAAUACCCUUGCGAUCCAUCGUUGGCGUUUUCAAUGAAGAAGGCUCAAGUCCUCGAUUUGGCGUCGAGAUAUGGUGGUUCUCCCAGUGGCCAAAACUUGCGUACUCCAAGACUCAUCUGUUCUUCAUGUUGCCUAAGGACCGGGAUGACUGGCUGGCCAGUAUUCAACAGGCUUGUAGAGUGAGCCAUAGGCGAGCUCCUUCUCCCUCCUUGAUCCCUGGCAAUUUGAAAGCGAGAAUCAACCAUAUUGUGGAAACCACUGAACCAGACUCGAAUGCCAACGCCGCUAAGAUAUUGACUUUUCCCGUGGUCAAGCGUACGAUAGGCUUGCCUCAGAAGACCAAUUCUGCUGAUGAGUCUCAGCACUUUGUGGAUGGCUCAUCCUUCUACAUCGUCAUUGGGCCAGCCAUGUUGUAUUUCCUCGAAGUUCUCAAGGCAGAUUAUGCGACUACCCCUGGUGACCUGCGCGUAAAGGUACAGUCCUACGGUACAGUCUCACUCAUUCAAUUCCGAGCGUCUGUUGCAUCACACGAACAAAGGUUUGUGAUGAGCUUCCGGCUACCACUGAGCCGUGAGAACAGGCUCGAGCUUGCUAGUGUACAUUACAGACAUGUUAUCGAGGCGAUGACCAAAGUCGACCGAGAACUGAAACCGAUGUGGCCACAGCAUUUGCAAAAGGCAAUAUUCGAUAUCAAAGGCCUUCCUCCGCCACUUCAGUUGACAUCUGGAAAUGAUUUGGGAGGUCUCGAGCGAAGUUUGCACGCAUAUUGCGCUGCUUUCAAGCCAGCAUUUCGCCUUUUACCUCCUGGCGCACAACCAUAUUCUACAUUACAACUACUUGCACUAUUCCGAGCUUUGCGUUAUAACAGUUACUUCAAGGAGCUCUCCUUCCGCAAUAUUGAUCUAUCAGGUAUCGCAGGAAAGAAGGAUUAUUCCCAUUUCGGCGACACCAUCGCCUACACAUCACUGAACGGGGUCAAGAUAUCUGAAGAACAUUAUGACAUUUUGAUGCAGUCUUCUGUUCUCAGUCAAGAGAUGCAUGCCUUGGCAUUCUCAUCGGAAUCGAUCCGAAGUAUGGAUCUGAGAAAUAUCCUUGGUCCACGAAGCACCAUUGGCCGCUCCAAGGACCCUGAGGGCGCUCGGAGAGUCAGUUCCGAGGUUCUUCGACCCAUUCUUCUAUUGCUGAAGCGUCAAGCGUGUCUUUGCCACAGCAUCACCAUGUCUGGCAAUCUCAUUGCAUCAAGCGACAUUGAGGAGCUGGCAAACUUACUUGUACUUGAUGAGGUGUACAUGAAGAAACUCGAUCUAUCUAAUUGUGGACUUGGCGAUGAGGGCCUUACUGCACUCUGGGCCGGAAUUCCAGGCCAGGGCGCCAAUCUUCAGCAUAUUGAUACAUCCGAAAAUCAAGGUACGAUCAAAUUCGAAACCAUCCGGGACUCGCUUAGUCAACUACGAGCUAUAAGAAAACUGAACAUCGCUGGCAACACUCGACUCCCGUUUGAUGUUCCUUUGUUUGAGGAUCAUGUACUGAGCUCAUGGAGUCUGGAGGAGCUUGACUUAUCCGGCAUUUAUCUCAAUAGCUCAACUGUGGAUAUUCUGACUGCAUAUCUGGCGUCACAGAAUUCCGAAAACCUCAGAGUGCUUCGUCUGAGCAAAUGUGGUCUGACUGGUGCUCAAAUAGCCCAGAUGUUCUACGCAAUGGGCCAGGCUCGACAAAUUACAUUGUACAUCAAUGGCAACCGCUUAGAUGAGGGCAUAGAUGAUUUGUGUGCAGUCAUCAGCGAAUGCUUUGGCCCUUGGGGACUUUUCGUGCAGAUGGUGGAGUUUGCCUUGGAAGCUAGCUACAUCAAACUUUUGAAGGCAUUAACGGCCAACCAAACCAUUGAAUGCCUGAGCCUGGCGGGUACUGCUACCCCUGACUCGGCCAGCGAAACGGCCUGCAGAGCGCUUUCGGAUCUUUUCUCUCAUAACCAUACGAUUAGGUUCCUUGACCUCUCUGGAUUUGAUUCCAAGCUGGACGAAGGCCGUCUUGGACGAGAAUUCUCCAAGGCCUUGAGUGGACUGAGGUUCAACACACGGCUGGAGCACCUUCGCGUGCGAAGCCAAUUGCUGAACGUGAACAUCGGAGACCUGGCUGAAGCCAUCUCUGCUAACAAAACCCUUCACAGUCUCGACUGUGAGGGCAAUGAUUUCAAUCUUUCUAAUUUUAGACAUCUCGUCCGGCAUUUGAGUGACAGUACGACGAUCCGCUAUUUCUCGGCUUUCUCGGAUCGCGAUCUCGCCCAGACAAUACAAAAGUCAGUGGACAACGCCGUGGCUACGGCGACCUCGGCGCGCAGGCAAUCUAUGAUCUCCAAACUGCGUCACGAAAAGGUACCCCAAAGUAUUAGUGAGCCUCUAGCACAGCAGCUGCGAGAUGGCUGGGAAGACGCAGUCCGAACCCAACAAGAGGUUCUGGAGAGAAACCAACUCUUGUUUGAAGAAGGUGAAGAUGGUCGCCACGACUCAGGCCAAGAUGGCUUUAUGUUAUGCGAUGGUGAAGAAGACUUCUCUAAAGCAUUUGGCGGUUUAGCGCUACGGGCGUUCGAAUCCAAGAGGGCCAUGAAUCGUCGCGCUUCCAACCCUUAUCUGAACAAUAAGAGAGCCAGUAUGAUCUCACUGGGCCCGGCUCGUUUGGUCAGCGCCGAACCAGGUGCCAGAGUCACAAGGUCUUGGUCAAGAUCUUACUCAAUUGUCUCCAGCGAGGGGGGUAUCAGCGCUACGGAGAGUCCAAGCACAGGAUCAGCGAUCCCGACACCUCCUGAGCCCGAGAGCCCCGUAGAGAAGGAGUAUCUGGUAGAGAAUCAACAAGAUAGGAACGAAGAGCCCCUCGAUUACGAAUACAGCUUUGCAGAUCCGCAUGAUCCUGACUUUGGGCUUGAACUGCGAGCCCAUCGACGAUUCUGGAGUGAUGAAGCCGGUUGCAUCGAGGAAGAAGAGCAUGGAGUCCAGUUUGAGGAACGGAACACCUGA